AUGCUUUCAAUACCUUCAGGCUUUGAAACAGCCUUAGGGACUUUCUUAGCCCUCUUCCUCCUGCUUUUAUUGGGCCCAGGGGCAAUAAGUUCGGUCACGCUUUGGACGGCUUCCGGUACGACAUCAGAGGCCCCUUUAGAGGCAUUCUGGACCGCUGUGACACACGACACG